AUGUCGCAUCAGAAGCUACCAAAAUUUAAAGUCAAAAUAAAUGGGACUCCGAUUAAUGUUAUGGCGGACACUGGCGCAAGUGUGAACAUUUUAGAUGAAGCUACCUUUGCUAAACUGAGAACAAAGCCUAAAUUGAGCGGAACAAACAAGAAAAUAUUUCCAUAUGGCUCAAACAAACCGCUACCACUUGUGGGCAAGUGUGAUUGCGAAGUAGAGACAGAGAAAAAGUUUAGCGUGGAAACUUUCUUUGUUGUCAAAGGCACAACUGGCUGCUUGGUAAGCUGGAAGGGCUCACAAAGGCUUGGCCUGGUUCAAGUAGUCCAAUCGGUCGAACAGCCCGGAAAAGAUAAAGUAGAGUAAUUGGUGGAAAGUUACAGUGAUCUAUUUGAAGGACUUGGAAAGUUGAAAGGAUUCCAGGUUCGUUUGUAUGUCGAAAAUAAUGUACAACCUAUUGCGCAGCCACCGCAAAGGGUUCUGUUUCGUGUUCGGGAAAAGCUCGAGGAACAGUUAUUGAAUGACGAGAAACUAGGAGUUAUUGAGAAGACAGAAGGUCCUACUCUGUGGGUAUCACCAGUGGUCAUGGUCCCAAAGAAAGAAGGAAAGAUUCGAGUUUGUGUGGACAUGCAUCAAGUUAACAAGUCCAUAAAGAGAGAAAGAGAUAUUUGA